GCAUGGCGGAAAUUCUUACUUUUCGGUUUUAGUGUGAAAGUAAAGCAACAUGUCUUCGACCGGUAUUGCUACUGGUUUGUCCAAGGGUUACCCCGUGACCAAGCGAGAAGUCGCUCCCCGUCCUGCCGCCAAGAAGGGUCGCGCCGGCAAGAAGACCUUGUUCGUGCGUGCGAUCGUGCGUGAAGUCGUGGGUUUGAUGCCGUACGAAAAGCGCAUCCUCGAUAUGAUCAAGUCCGGGGGCUCGUCUGCGGAAAAGCGCAUCUACAAAUUCUCCAAGAAGCGCCUGGGGACGCACAAGCGCGCGUUGGCCAAGCGCGAAGAAAUGAAGGCGUACUACGCGUCCCAACGCGCCAAGCAAGCCGGUAUCUAAGCGGGCUUCCUGGUGGAGUUGAGUUUCUUUUGGACACCUAAUGACAUUGCACACUAAACCUCGGAAUUGGGCGUUGAGUUGUUAAUCUGAAUCACAAGCUUCCGGUGAUGACCCACGUCCUCCACGUCUUG